GAUAUGUAGAGCCAAUACAGACAAUGAAUGAUGUGAUAGCUCAGUUAGAUACUGUUGUCAGUUUUGCUCAUGUAUCAAAUGGAGCACCUGUGCCGUACGUCCGUCCGGUCAUUCUGGAAAAGGGACAAGGAAGAAUUGUGCUGAAAGGUUCCAGACACCCUUGCAUUGAAGUUCAAGAUGACGUAGCAUUCAUCCCCAAUGAUGUUAACUUUGAGAAGGACAAGCAGAUGUUCUAUAUUAUUACUGGUCCUAACAUGGGAGGGAAAUCAACAUACAUUCGCCAGGCUGGAGUGAUAGUUCUUAUGGCCCAAAUUGGGUGCUUUGUACCAUGUGACUCAGCGGAAGUGACUAUUGUGGAUUGUAUUCUGGCUCGGGUAGGAGCAGGAGACAGUCAGUUGAAAGGUGUCUCGACUUUCAUGGCAGAAAUGUUAGAAACUGCAUCAAUUCUUCGGACAGCAUCUGAAAACUCUUUAAUAAUCAUUGAUGAGUUGGGAAGAGGAACUUCAACAUAUGAUGGAUUUGGGUUGGCAUGGGCUAUUUCAGAAUAUAUCGCCAGCAAAAUUUGUGCCUUCUGUAUGUUUGCUACACAUUUUCAUGAACUGACAGCACUUGCUAACCAAGUGCCAACUGUGAAUAAUUUACAUGUUACAGCACUAACCACUGAUGAGAUGCUGACUAUGCUUUACCGUGUCAAGAAAGGUGAGAUCUUUUAA